AUGUUCUGUGGUUUACGUGCUCCACGUCAUGUUUACAGUUGUACCAUUAAAAAUAAUACACCAACUGAAUUGAAAGUGCAAGUUGAAUAUCGUGGUGUGGCUGAUAAACAUACAGAGAAAUUAGAUGUUCAAAUAGCUAGUGGUGAAGAACAGAAAGUGAAUGAAAAAGUCUUUCAGCAUGAUGAUGGUAGUAGUAGUGGACGUAAAACGGUACAUCGUAUUAAAGUACGUAAAUUUGAUGGUAAAGAAUUAGAACUAAAAGAACCAUUUGAUAAUGUUACAAGUCCACAACAGAAAUGGAUUUUUGAAAUUAAUGAAGAUGAAAUUAAGAGUGUUGGACCGUCAUCACCAUAA